AUGUGCCAGCCUUCCUGGAAGGAAGCUGUUCUUCAUCUUGCUGAGGCCCAGGAAAGGAGCGUCCAGAGCGCCCAGCUUGAGGUGCAUUGCAAUGUGGUGGCAAACUUGGCAGGCAAGAAGGGCUUCUGGCAGAGGGCUUUGCAGCUGCUCGACCCUUUUAUCAGCAGAAACUGUGGAAGAAAUGCCUUGGUGGGCCACGGCAUCACCGUGGACGCCUAUGCCCGAGCGGGAUUCUGGGCCAAAGCCUUGUGUGAGCUGCAGGUCUGGGCUGCUCGCGGAGGCGAGGCGUCACCGUUGGCCUUCGGCGCGGCUGCGCGAGGGCUCACAGGGCUGGCUGCGCGAGAAGGCUCCGGAGGCACACCGGAUGCGGCCUGGCGGAAGGCAGCGCAGCUUCUUGCCAGUUCCGAGGCCCCCAGCGUCUUCGUGGGCAACGCAGUGCUGUCGGCCUGUAGCCGAGUGAGACUGUCCCAGCAAGCUCUCCGACUGCUUUCUGGAAUGAGGCAGCAUGGGCCACAGCCGGAUUCCGCCAGCUAUAAUAUUCUCUUGGGCUUGUGCGCUGAUGAGGGCAAUGUUGCACAAGCAGUAGAGCUGUUAAGAGAAGCCAGGCACCAAGGUGUGCAGGCCAACCUCCUCAUGUACAACUUGGCCACGAAAUCAUCUCUCAGUGCAUCGAACUGGCAACGCGCAGUAAGCAUGCUCCUGGGAAUGUCAGAAGACUCAGUGGCUGGAGACGAGAUCUCCAUCAGCACCGUCAUCGCGUCAUGUGCCAGACGAAAUUCAUGGAGACUCUGCAUAGCACUGCAGCAUGCUCUCCAAAGAAGAGCUAUGCAGCAGAUUGCAGAAACAGGGACCAUCGGCUAUAGUACGGCCGCAUCUGCAGCUGUCCAGGCCAUGAAGUGGACUCACGCACAGCGCCUUCUUGACAACAUCCACUGCAAUCAGUUGCAAACAGACACAGACACUUUUGCAGCGCUGUCCACAGCAUGCAUGGCGGCCAGUUCUGCGGCUGAAGCAGGUGGGAUUUGGUCAUUGGCCGGGGCUCUCAUAAGCGUAUGCGAGCAUCAGCAUGGAGUGACGCCUGAUGCGUUCGUUGGGCCAUCAGUGUCCACCUUCAGCAGGUCAAGUCAGUGGCGGGCGGGCAUUGGCCUUUUGGCUGCCAUGCGCGCAUCUGGCAUCCGCCCGCAUCUGCUAUGCUACAACUCCGUGGCUACGAGCACCUGGCGUUCAGUCUCGUCCAUGCUUUCCAGCUUCAAGGCCAGCUGGCUUGAGCCGGAUGUAGCCUCCUGGAAUGCCCUUCUCGUGGCCAGCCCUUGGGAGCAAAGCAUAGGCAGCCUCGAGGCCAUGGCUUGCUGUCAGCUUGAGGUGGACCAGGUCUGUACGAGCACCCUCCUUGGUGGCAUGAAUUCAGCACCAUGGAAGGUCUCACUACAGGCUUUAGGCCAGGCAGUCCGCAUGGCGCCUGGAGCCGUUGACCGCAUUUUGGCCGCGGUAGUGCUGCGCAGCUUCGCAGCCCUCCGUUCCUGGCAGGAGAGCCUGCAGCUGCAGGCCUCUUUGGAGAGUUUAGAUUAUGGCUCAUAUAUUGCUGCAGGACUACAGAACGCUGCGCUGGGGGCUCUCCAGGAGGGCUCUGCGUGGCAGCUGACAUCGCACGCCUUUGCCUCCUUCGCGGCUUCGCGCGGCGACCCGGAGCCGCUGGCGCUCAGUGCUACAGUCACUGGGCAGCAAAGGGAUGGGGACAUAGGGUUAUAUUGGGGAUAUAUGGGGAUAAUGGAAAAGAAAAUGGAAACUAUAGGGAGUAUAGGGUUAUGUGGUAUAUUUAGGGACAUAUCCAAGGCAUAUGAGGAUAUAUACAUAUAUAAGGGUUAUGUUGGAGUAUAUUGGGAUAUGUAA